UGCCUACGACCUUCACCUAUACCCGCCAACAACGUCUUACGGGAGGGCCUGUGUAUAAAAGUGCGCCGAUUCCGCCGAACAGCAGUAUUCCACUGCAGACCUCAGCGAACGCAGCCGCCACCACCACCAACGUCAGCCAUGAUGAAGUACCUGGUCCUCGCCCUGUGCCUGAUGGCCGUCGUCUUCGCCACUGAGGAGUCCUCCAGCAAGCAGAAGCGCGGACUGGCGUACGCGGCCGGCCUCGGCUACCCAGGAGUGUACGGAGGAUACGGCUACCCCGGAUACUACGGAUACGGCGGUCUGGGCUACGGCCUGGGAUACAACGCUCUGGGAUACCACGGCCUGGGGUACCACGGUCUGGGAUACGGACACCGUAUCGUCUACUGAACACCCACUGGACGUCGAACUCCGAAAGGUCCUGACCUCUGACAGACUGGAAGAGGCCAACUACACCUGGCCUGCUCAAUGCGGGUGCCUCUUAGAGACCCUGUGUCUGAGAUCUGUAAUCCUUGUACAACCACUGUCUAAAUAAAACACAUUUCACUCUUA